AUGGCGACGAAACAUUACUUUCCCGACACGGCUGCGAAUACGCUCGUUCCGAGAGCUCUGCGUGCUCUUGUAUUGGCGAACCCUCAUCUCACUCUCAGUGAGGCAGAACGUGUCGUUGCAAACUCUCACAAUGACCGAUCGACCGUAAGCAUCAUUGGCGGUGGCGGCUCAGGCCAUGAGCCGGCAUGGAUUCUUGAGGCGAUGAGACUGGCGCCUUCUGAUGCUGGGACCAUCCUUCUCAUCACCAACUACACUGGUGAUAGGCUUCACUUCGGGCUCGCUGCGGAGAGGGCAAAAGCCUCUGGCUUGUCUGAAAAAGUCGUUGUUCUGCCUGCUACGGACGAUGUUUCCAUCGGCAGGAGCAAAAGUAGCAGAGUGGGAAGAAGAGGAAUGCCAGGUCAUAUUUUCACUAUGAAGAUUCUCGGUGCGGCAGCGGCUGAGAAGUAUCGCUUUGAUCAAUGUGUAGAGAUCGGCAGGGCUGUUAACGACCAGACUGUCUCGAUAGGCUCAGCUCUGGAUCACUGCCACGUCCCAGGACGGCAAUAUCACUCUGUCGCAGAAGAUGUCUGCGUUGUCGGCGCUGGCAUCCACAAUGAGCCAGGCCAACAGCUCAUUACCCCCUUUCCGUCAGUAAAUGAUCUUAUCGACAGGAUGUUGAAGCUGUUAUGCGACCAGAAUGAUGCAGAAAGAGCAUUCGUGUCUUUCGAGAAAGGGGAUGAAAUUACGCUUCUCAUCAACAACUACGGCGGACUCUCAGUCUUAGAGCUGGGCGCGCUCACCGAUGAAGUACAGACUCAGCUUGCGUCGACCUGGUCGAUUACCCCCGUACGAACACAAGUUGGCACCUUCGAGACGUCUCUCAACGCACCUGGAUUCUCUAUCUCACUCUGCAACAUCUCGGCCGCAGCACGGCAGUUAAAGUCAACGGCUGCAGAGCUGCUUCAGCUUCUCGAUCGUCCCACGAGUGCAGUUUAUUGGCCGAAUACUGUUCGACCAGUAAUAGGCGAGGUGAAAGCGAAUGGUCUGACGACAGAUAAAGCUAGUGCUACGAACAGUCAUGAACAGAAGUCAGAUCUCAGCAAAGUUGACCCAAAACUGUUGGAAAAUGCCAUCAGAUCAGCUUGCGAACGGGCAAUCGCCGCCGAGCCGAACUUGACCAAAUGGGACAUGGUGAUGGGCGACGGCGAUUGUGGUGAAGCGGUCAAAGGCCUGUGCGAGUCCCUGCUGCGUAAUCUCGACAAUGGAUCAGCGGCCAGCGGUUCCGUCUUCGCCUUUCUGGAAUCGACGGUCGAAGCUGUCGACGACAUGGGAGGAACCCUCGGGGCCAUUCUCGGAAUCCUUCUUUCCGCCUUCACCUCAUCCCUUCGAUCCGAAGCGCAAGCAAAUCCCGCAUCCACGAGAUCAUUCUCACCGAUGCUGUAUGCCUCGUCUCUAGCUUCAGCGGUGGAGUCUCUCAAGUCUCAUACUCCGGCACGGGAGGGUGACCGCACCGUCAUGGAUGUGCUGAUUCCGUUCUCGGAUGCCUUUGUCAAGUCAGGAGACUUUGGUGCUGCUGUCAAGGUCGCUGCUGAAAAGGCAGAGGCCACCCGAUACUUGAAGGCAAGAUUUGGCAGGGCAACAUAUGUGGGAGACGCGGCGGGACAAGAGCUGCCCGACCCCGGCGCUUGGGCGUUGUAUGAGUUCCUGUUGGGAAUGACAGAAGCUUAG